AUGUCAGACGACAGAAAAGAAGAGCUCCUCGACAUCGCCGCCAAGGCCGAGCAAGACCUCAACAGCGACCGACUUAAAUUCGGCCGUCAAGAAGGCACAGGUUUCGGUGGCAAGGACACAAAAGGUGGCUCUACAUCAACCGACGAAUCCGGCAUCGACCAAUCCGUAACAAACAAAUUCCCCGGCAGCACCGCCGAAUACGGCUCGCACACCUCCGGCGCCGGCAACAACAGAGACAUCCCACCCUCUGAGGGCGGCGACAUCCAAAAAGGAACCGGGAGAAUGACAAAAGCUGGUGAUUUCGAUCAGGGCGAGGCUGGUGAGGGGCCCGAGGAUAUUGCGCUGAGGAAGCAGGAGGAGUUGGGUGGUGAUGAUAGUGUCAGAGGGAAUGUUAAGAAUCCGAGUACGGGGAGGGCUGCGGGGAAUUUGGGUGUGCAGUAG